CGUUCGGAAGCUUCGAUGUUCCUUUCUGCUGGUUCUCCUGGGCCUCCUGAUCAGACACAGGAGCAGUGCUGAAAGGGUUCUGUUGGUUCAUCCGAAUUUCAACAGCCACUGGAUGGCUCUGGCCAAAAUUGGCCGUGCUUUGGUGAAUAAAGGUCAUACAGUUGCUGUCGCGGUCCCACAGGACACUGUAGAAAAACACCGGGCAGAGUGGCCUGACUUUCAGUUUGAGGUAUUCCAAGACCAAGGAACCCAAGCAAGGAUGAGGGCAAUACAAGACCAAGCUUGGUCUACGGCUGGGGAAUUGUCUAUCUUUGAUUUUAAAAAUGUAUUUGACGCUUCGUCAGGAGAGUCAAAGAAACACUGUGCCCUACUUCUGGGUGAUAGCAAGCUUCAGCAUCGACUGAAGACAUCCCAGUACAGUGUGGUAAUUUCUGACCCCAUUUUUCCUUGUGGCGCUAUCCUCUCAGCCCUUCUAGACACCCGGGUCCCCCACAUCGCCGUUAUGCGUGCAGAUGUUCACUUUCUUGACGAAAAAGCUACAGGUGUACCGAUCCCUCUGUCUUACGUACCAUCUCUAACUACCGACUUUACCGAUGAUAUGACCUUUGGACAACGACUGCAGAACGUUAUCGUAUCUACUCUUCUACCAUUGUUAUUACGCCCUAUUGUGAGUAGCACAUAUGACGGACUGGUCCGUACCUUCGUCGGUGAGGAUGAAACUAUGCAGAGCGUGACGUCACGUACGGACUUGUGGCUUUAUCGAACCGACAAUGUGCUGGAUUUUCCUCGUCCCAGCAUGCCCAACAUGGUUCAGGUUGGAGGACUGAAUGUCCGUGUGGCCGCCCCCCUUACUGAGGACAUGGAAGCGUUUUUUCAGAGCUCUGGAGACGAUGGAGUGAUUGUCGUCAGUUUCGGGUCGAUGGUCAAGACGAUGUCGACUGAGAGGCAAGAAGUCUUCGCGGCUGCCUUCGCCCGACUCCGACAGAAGGUGGUGUGGCGUUACGUGGGAGAAAAGCCGGCCGGUCUGGGAAACAACACCAGACUACUGGCCUGGCUGCCUCAGAACGACCUGCUGGCCCACACAAAGACCCGAGCCUUCAUCACUCACGCUGGGUCGAACGGCCUGUACGAGGCCCUGCACCACGGCGUGCCCAUGGUCUGUCUGCCGCUGUUCGCGGAACAGCCCGCUAACGCCGCCCGGGUGGUGGCCAGGGGACUGGGGGUGAAGUUGGACUUCAGCAAGGUCACGUCUGACCAGCUGUACCAGGCCAUUCUUCAUGUUGUCACUAACACGAGCUACCGUGAGACGGCAGCCCGCCUGUCCCGCCUGCACCGUGACCAGCCACAGUCACCCAUGGAGCGGGCCGUCUGGUGGAUAGAACACGUCAUCAAACAUGGCGGACUGCCCCAUCUCCGCGCACGCGCCGUGGAGCUGCCGUGGUACCAGUACUACCUACUGGACGUGGCCGGGUUCCUGCUAGUCGUGUGUGCAGCUGUCCUGGGUACCGUGUGGUACAGCUGUUCGUUCGUCUGUAGGAAGAUUUGCGGUAAAAGUGGCGCCAAACUGAAGUCUCAGUAGACACUUCAGGUAUCUCUGGAAGUCUGCAAAUAGUGCUACCUGAUAAGAUAACUUUUAAUUAUUAACUGUGACGUAAUUCCUUUUUCUGUGUACACGUUAAACACAAUGCAGUGAUAUAGCAGGUUGACCUUUGGCACGUCAUGACGUAGUUAGUCAACCUGUUAUGAGAUAAUUGUACAAGCUUGAUUGUACUGGAUGGAAAGUU